GUUAACAGAAUAAAAUGAAAAAAGCGACUUUAAAUGGAAAAAUAAUUUAAAUCCAGCCAUAAGCAACUACUGUGCAAACACGAGUAGCAUUGUGGUCGGCAGAGAAAAUACAAGUGACGUACAAAUCUCCAUAUGUGCGAACGAAAUAGCCAAUAUUAGAGCAAGACAAAAUAUCUUCAGGGUGGAGCAAGAAACAAUCCGAAACAACAUGAACUCCGCUGCUGUCGAGCAUGUAGACCCGAUGGGAUCCAAAUAAGCUGGUUUACGAGUACCGCCCAGUCGUUUUGUCCCAUACACAUUGCAGUAUGGGACGAUAAUUGGUGAUAGCCGAGCCUUAAAUAAUUCAGUUACAAAACUACCGUUAGGGCGGUUACGCGCGCGAUUCUAUUUUCGGAAAUUUGAAUUUCGACAUUCGAUUUGUUAGUGUCGUGAGUGAUUGUCUGUGGAGUGUGUUUCAGCCAGUGAUUAUACUUAAGAUAAUGUAAACAUGUCCUCCCAAAUCCUUCAUACGAUGUACAGAAGGGACUCGAACGACCAAGACAAACCCCUUGAGAUCGACCAGGACUCCAACCCCGAGCACAGUCGGUCGUGCUCACCCAAAAACAUGAAGUACUACGAAGACAAAACCGUGUUGAACCAAGCAAAGAAAUCCUUCUGCAUCGACGCGUUACUGUCGAGACAACUAGAACCGAAAACCAAUCAGGAACUGACACAUGAGAAGUAUUUAUCGUUAAUACAGAAUAAAAGUUAUAUGAACACGUAUCAGGAGAAUUACGAUACACAAAUAGAGCAGAACACUAUAAAUAAAUACGACAGGAUAGAGGGAAGCCCGAGGUCUGGUCACAGCAGCCCGAGGAGCGCGAGCCCGGUGUCGGAGGAAGGCAACCGGUCGGAGAGCUACAGCCCACCCAUAUCGCCAGGAGUCGAGGGCAGUAAUGAAAGCUACGAGGGAUAUAGACCGGGAAUAAUACCAAAACCAGGUCUCUUGCCGCAAAAUCCAGCGCUAGUAGCCGCGCAGUCGGCGGCGUUGUUCAACUACCCUCAGUUGCAACCUGGGUCGGUGCCACCCGGGGGCCCCAUGCCGUCCGCGUUCCACCACCCCGGAGAUCGGGUCCUUCACCACAUGCAACUGGAGUGGCUGGCCAGGACCGGCAUGUUUUACCAUCGGAUACCAGAGUUGGGUGGUGCCCCGCACGCUCUCCUCGGUAAGACGCGUCGCCCGCGCACCGCCUUCACCUCUCAACAACUCCUGGAGCUGGAGAAACAGUUCCGGAUGAACAAGUACCUGUCAAGACCGAAAAGAUUCGAAGUCGCGACCAGUUUGAUGCUGACUGAAACACAGGUGAAAAUAUGGUUCCAAAACAGAAGAAUGAAAUGGAAACGGUCAAAAAAAGCACAACAAGACUCGAAGAAGGAACCAUCGCAGGACGACAAACAUAAACCUAAAGACCUUCCCCCUCCUGAAGCCGAGAAACCUCAGCUACCCGCAGACUUGACAUCUGUCAAACAAGCCCCUCUUCUAGAUAGGGACAGAAUCAUAGCGCUUGAAAGAGAGAGGGCGAUAGCCGCCGCUAACUUUAAUUCAAAUUUGGAAAACAAUAGACGCGGAUUGGUUGUUAUGUCGCAAGAUGGCGGAAGGCCAAACAUGGAUAUGUUUAGGCCGUACGUGGUAUGAAAUCAGAUGUUUUCCGUUUAUUUUUACGUUCACGCAUUGUAUACUACGUAGAUUUAAUUGUAGUUCGUGUACUCGAAUAAAAGACGUCAGUAUUUUGUUUCUCUUCUUUAUUAUGAACUGUAUAAUACUUUUAUUUCAUUACUAUACAUAUAUAUUUUUUCUAUUCUCGCAUUUUGUUUGCUUAAUCCAAGACCUGAAUUAUUACCAAAAGCAUCGAUGCAAAAUCACAUUUAUUUUUAUCGUUGUUAAUAGUGACAGGUAACCGUUAAUAUACCUAAUAAGUAACAAUAUAACAUAUAAGCAUUAUUUCUAUUAUGGACCAUCUGUCUAUAAUUUAUAGUUCUUUUGUAUAUACGCAACAGGUUGAGUACACGAAUGGAAACUAGUCCUUUAAUUAUAUGUAUAGGAUUAAUUUAUAUUUAAUAUAAUAAAAUCAGAAGUAUCGUCACAAAUGUUGCUAUCUUAAUAAAUUAGACCACAAAGUUAUACUCCUGUCUUACCGCAAGAAAUCGUUUGUCUACAGUAUUCUCACAACACUUCAUCACAGAUUACAUAUAAGUUAAAAAUUAUUUUGUCUCUAACUUAGUUGGGGUCGUGGCAAUUUUCAUAAAUUUGCCAAGCAUCACCAAACCCGAACAAAAGUAGAACAUGAUUUUACUUAUUAGUUUGCUUAGGUUAUUAUAUUUAUCUUUUAAUAAAAUAUUAACUGACAGAGGUUGUACGUAAUACUUACCUACUUCAUGGUUGAUGGUAGAGACUCACUGGCAAAGCUCACUGGAUACAGUUUUAUUUACAGCAUAAUAUUUGUAAUUAUUGAUACUGUCAACAUUCCAAUUACAAUUUGUUGUUAUUGGCUGUAUCGUUUUUAUUAUAAGUCUAAAAAGGUUUGAUAAACCUUAAAAUAUUGAAUAUUAAAAAGGAGAUUGCGUACUGCCAAGGCGCUUUAAUUUGAUUAUAACAUAGAGGCUGUAAUUCUUUACACUGUAAUAAUAUAGUGGUGUUACUUUUUUAACAUCAUAUGACUAAAAAUUGUACCAAAUGAAAACUACGGAUCAUAUUAAAUUUUUCUUAAAUUUAUAGAUAAUAUAAUUUUAAAUUAAUGUU